AAGAUGUCUUCAGAUAAUAGUGAUAUAUUGCUUACUGUAGAGCAGAUUGUAUUGGAUUUGAUAACGAGCUUGAUGUCCUGUAAGAAAGUAACGCUAGAAAUACCAAAUAGCUGUCGUGAUUGGUAUACGAAAGACAACUACGAUAUAGUUGGCAAAUGUCGUAAGGUCGUAUACAGUGUCAAACGUAGUCGUCAUCGCUUUUGCCUGAUUGUCUAUCUCCUUGCGGAGAUUCAUCAAUUGCAUUUGACCGGAGGUAGUUGCACGAUACGGGGUCUGUAUUAUCGGAACACUCAGGUGGUUCGGUCCCAGUCCUACAUUGAUGCCGCUAAAAUGGAUGUUUGCCGUAUGCUAAACACGGCACCUGUUAAUCUGGGCAUUUUGUCAGCGUCGAAGGGACUAAUUACAGGAGACAUAAAGCUGCUCAUGAGCAACGGCGAUGUAUUGGAUUGCAAUGUAUAUUGCGGAGCUAUAACAUUGCCAACGGAUUUCGAAAAUGUGGAACGAAUCGUGACAAAUGCCGAAAUGGUUUUGAUCGUUGAAAAAGAGUCAGUUUUUGAGAGCUUGCUGGCUUGUAAUGCCUUGAGCACGUUUGGCUUACGUUUCAUAUUGUUAACGGGCAAGGGGUAUCCGGAUUGCACUACACGCCGUAUUGUAUACCGACUGACCGUCGAAUGCAAUUUACCGGCAUAUAUCCUAGUGGAUGCUGAUCCGUUUGGCAUUGAAAUAAUGCUUGUUUACCAGCUCGGCUCGCAGGCCAUGAGUUUCUCGGCCAAGAGUUUGGCCACACCAACGCUCCGUUGGAUUGGCCUGCAUCCAUCCGAAAUCGAUAGCAUUUCCAAUCGCUCGGUUCCUCUCACUCAGCACGACAAUAAGAAGAUUGUUGAUAUUUUGUCGCGCAGUAAUCUUAGUUUGGGUGUCAGGCAGGAGCUGUGCAGGCUGCAGCAAGUCCAGCUGAAAGCUGAAAUCGAGAGUGUUAUUGAUUUUCUAAGUCCCUACUAUAUACCCACUAAAAUCAAUAGAAAUUUGUUUAUAUGAUAUUGAUGCGAAUACAUUAUCAACUAUUAAUAU